AUGGCUGCCCAAGACACUCCUCAGAUGCGCGUCUAUCAGAUUGACGCCCCUGGGCCAAUCGCCAACAUGAAACUGGUGACGGUACCACGUCCAUCAGAGACCCUCGAAAAGGAACACAUUCUCGUCAAGGUUAUCGUGGCCGGCAUCAACCCGGCUGAUUACAAGCUCCCCGAGCUCGGCAUCUUAUCCAAGGCCAAGCUCUCGUACCCAAUCUGCCCCGGCAUGGAUUUUGCUGGUCAGGUCAUCGCCGUCGGCGAGGGUGUGCCGGACAUCAAGGUGGGCGAUAACGUCCUCGGUCGCGUGGAUCCUCUCAAGUGGGCCGGCUCGCUCUCGGAAUAUGUCGUCAGUCCCUACGACGGCGUUGCCACGUUGCCAAAGAAUGUAUCGCUCGACCAGGCCGGCGCCGCCGGCACUGCGGCCCUGACAGCUUACCAGACCAUCGCGCCGUACGCAAAGGCCGGCGAUAAGGUCUUCAUCAACGGUGGUUCCGGAGGCACUGGCACAUAUGGUAUCCAGAUCGCCAAGGCCAUCGGCUGCCACGUCACCGUGUCUUGUUCGACAUCCAAAGCUGCUUUGUGUAAGGAGCUCGGCGCCGAUGAGAUCAUUGACUACAAGACGACAAAUGUGACGGUCAAGUUGCGGGAGAUCGGCCCCGUCUUCUCCGUCAUCGUUGACAAUGUUGGCGACUCGCCGCCCGACCUCUUUAGCGCCUCGGACGCGAUCCUGCUGCCAAGCGGACACUACAAGUUUGUUGGCGGCCACUUUUCCUUCCAGAUGGCGACCCACCUUGCCUCGGGACUGUUACUGCCCAAGUUCUUGGGAGGUGUGAGCCACAAGUUCGAGGCGUUCAUGACGAAGAACUCGCACGAGGACCUCGCGCAGCUGGCGACGUGGAUGGGCGAAGGUAAAGUGAAGACGGUGGUGGACUCGGCUUUUGGGUUUGAGCAGGUCUACGAGGCUUUUGAGAAGCUCAAAGUUGGGUCGGCAGCAGGGAAAAUCGUGGUUCACGUCCAGGAGAACAAGACGUAA